UGUAGGAAAAGCUGAAUCUGAGUUGUAUCCAUAGUCCUGUUGUUAAUGAACUUAUGAGAGGAAUCCGAUCACAAAUGGAUGGAUUAAUCCCAGGGGUAGAGCCACGAGAAAUGUCAGCCAUGUGUCUUGGAUUGGCCCACAGCCUGUCUCGAUACCGACUAAAAUUUAGUGCUGAUAAAGUAGACACAAUGAUUGUUCAGGCCAUUUCCUUAUUGGAUGACUUGGAUAAAGAACUGAACAACUAUAUUAUGCGAUGUAGGGAGUGGUAUGGUUGGCAUUUCCCUGAAUUAGGAAAAAUUAUUUCAGAUAAUUUGACAUACUGCAAGUGUUUACAAAAAGUUGGUAAGUAUUCUUCAUAAUUGGUUUUAGCCCAAAACAUGAAUAAUAGUAAUUAUUUCUCUGAGAUUCUCAGGCACUCUGCCAAUUGAAAUACACCUCUAGUUCAGCUAGUUAACUGGAGAUAGAAAGUUUAUAGGUUUGGGAAAUAAAUCCAUGUAUGUCAAAUGCAUUUUAAUUUUGGUUUUGAUGACCUAUCCAAUAAGUUACCUAGUUUCUUUUUCUUGCUUGGUUGGCUCUUGCUCAUGGCUAGUUGCCAUGGCUUGAGCCAUCUUCCACAUCCAACUUUUUGUUGAUUUAUUGGAAUUAAGAAUCUCAUCGGUUUGUCUGUUGGAUUUGUCUUUCCUAGCUAAUGAAUGCUGAA